AUGCAUAUUACAUUUAACUUUGCCGAAAGCUGCAUUUUCAGGGAAUAUUUCUCGAUACUCACGUCCGCGUAACUCGGGUGGCGUUCACAGUCAGGAAGUCAUGUCCAGAUCGGGUGAUAGAACAUCCACCUUUGACCCAACACACAGUGACACCCUGCUGCAUGGGCUCAAUCUCUUAUGGAGGAAACAGCUUUUCUGUGAUGUGACUCUCACUGCCCAGGGACAACAGUUCCAUUGCCACAAAGCUGUGCUGGCAUCCUGCUCCCAGUAUUUCAGAUCUCUCUUCUCCUCCCAUAAUGUAAUCAACAAUGAGGGGAGCAAAGGAGACCAGGGCAGCAGUGGGACACCCUCAUCCUCUCCCGAUGACAAGCUAGUGACCCCCAGUGCCAGGCCCAUCAAUAACCUGGUACUCCAGGGCUGCUCCUCGAUUGGACUGCGAUUAGUGCUGGAGUAUCUCUACACUGCCAACGUGACUCUUUCCCUGGACACAGUGGAAGAGGUGCUGUCAGUCAGCAAGAUCCUCAACAUCCCCCAGAUUACCAAACUCAGUGUGCAGUUCCUCAACGACCAGAUCUCUGUGCAGAACUACAAGCAGAUCUGCAAGAUUGCUGCACUCCAUGGACUGGAUGAGACCAAGAAGCUGGCCAACAAGUACCUGGUGGAGGAUGUGCUCUUGCUGAACUUUGAGGAGAUGUGUGCCAUGCUAGAUGCACUGCCACCUCCGGUGGAGUCAGAGCUGGCUCUCUUCCAGAUGUCAGUCCUCUGGCUGGAGCAUGACCGGGAGACUCGUAUGCACUAUGCGCCAGACCUUAUGAAGAGGCUGCGCUUCGCCCUUAUACCUGCCCCAGAGCUGGUGGAGAGGGUGCAGUCUGUUGACUUCAUGAGGAGUGACCCUGUGUGCCAGAAACUACUCCUGGAUGCCAUGAACUACCACCUGAUGCCCUUCAGGCAGCACUGCAGGCAGACAAUGGCCAGCAGAAUCCGUUCCAAUAAGAGACUGCUGUUACUGGUGGGUGGUUUGCCUCCUGGACCUGAUCGUCUCCCCAGCAAUUUGGUCCAGUACUAUGACGAUGAGAAAAAGACAUGGAAGAUCCUCACAAUAAUGCCUUACAACAGUGCCCAUCACUGCGUGGUGGAGGUGGAGAACUUCCUGCUGCUGCUGGGCGGAGAGGACCAGUGGAACCCCAAUGGAAAGCACAGCACUAAUUUUGUCAGCCGUUAUGAUCCCAGAUUCAACAGUUGGAUACAGUUGCCCCCUAUGCAGGAGAGGAGAGCCAGUUUCUUCGCCUGCCGCCUGGAUAAGCACCUGUACGUGAUUGGUGGUAGGAACGAGACGGGCUACCUCUCCAGCGUGGAGUCCUACAACCUGGAGACUAAUGAGUGGAACUACGUGUCGUCUCUGCCGCAGCCUCUGGCCGCCCAUGCAGGAGCGGUACAUAACGGCAAGAUCUACAUAUCAGGAGGAGUGCACAAUGGAGAGUAUGUGUCCUGGCUCUACUGCUAUGACCCUAUAAUGGAUGUGUGGGCUAGGAAACAGGAUAUGAACACAAAGCGUGCCAUUCAUGCCCUGGCUGGAAUGAACGACCGCCUAUAUGCUAUUGGUGGAAACCAUUUGAAAGGUUUCUCCCAUCUAGAUGUGAUGUUGGUUGAGUGUUACGACCCGAAAGCUGACCAGUGGAACAUCCUGCAGACACCCAUCCUGGAGGGUCGCAGCGGCCCGGGCUGUGCUGUUCUGGAUGACAGCAUCUUCCUUGUGGGGGGCUACAGCUGGAGCAUGGGGGCCUAUAAGUCUUCUACCAUCUGCUACAGCCCAGAGAAAGGAACGUGGACAGAGUUGGAGGGAGAGGUGGCAGAGCCUUUAGCGGGCCCGGCCUGUUCCACCGUCGUACUGCCCGCCUGCCUUCCUUUUAACAAAUGA